CUGAACGCCACCUCACAGCGGCUGUUUACAUCACGAUGGUGACUAUAGUGGAGCUGCUCAGUCUCCUGCUGGUGUCGGUGCUGUGGGGCUGCACCAACCCCUUCCUGAAGAGAGGCUCCGCGGGGAUAGAGGAUGUGAGCGGCUCCAAUAGAAUGAGCCAGCUGCUGGCGGAGGUUAAGUUUCUGUUCCUCAACACAAAGUACCUGGUCCCUUUCCUCCUGAACCAGUGUGGCUCUUUGGUCUACUACUACACACUCUCCACCGCAGAGUUAUCUUUUGUUGUCCCUGUGGCCAACUCGCUCACAUUCCUUUGCACUCUGCUCACCGGCAAGUUACUGGGUGAAGAGUUUGGAGGCAAACAGGCUGUUGCCGGGAUGUUUCUCACCAUGGCUGGAAUCACUCUGUGUGUGAUAAGUUCCAUCGAGGACAAAGACACAGGGCAGCAGAAUAUAAACCAGUCUGUGCACUAACAGAGAUCGGAAUUGGAGCAAAUUCUAGAAGGCAAGAAGGCGUUAGCCGCUGGAGCCGGACUGAAGGGGCCAAUUUAGAUUCAGAAAACGUCUCCUCGGAGCGACAGUUGUGCUGAAUUGUGCCUAAAUGAAGCUUCAGAAGACCUGGUCAGAGACUCUCACUCUGAGUUGGAAGGGGAAGUGAGUUCAUGUGGAGUUCACCCCCGAGCUAGGUUAGAUUUAUGGUGCUCACAUAGAGAUCGGUGGUUGGUGGUUGUUAACUUUUACUCGGAGGCACCCUGCUGCCCCGCCAUGGGACUGGCAUCUGCAUAAAAAUAGAGAACAAAUUCAAAUAAGGCUGGUGUUUAAAAUAGACCAAAGAGAUGUCACCUCCUGGUCUAACUGGGACUUUAACUGCUGGGCAGGAGGAUAAUACAGUUCUGUCAUGUAUAUAUGUUUAAUACUGAGGUAAAGGUACCACUGUUACUGUCUCAAGUUCUUUGUGAAGCAGUAAUAAAGCACAACUAAGUACUGUGAGGGUGAGUGACCUUGUUUUCUCUUUACACAGUAUUCAGAAAGAAUUCACAUGUAUCUUAAUGUUUUUAUUUCACAGUAUUUUUAAAUUGACACAGAGCACUGUACAGAUGACUUUGUUUGCAUCUAUUCAGCUUGUCAUGUAGUCGAAAUAAAAUAAAAAAAAUGUUAGCAAAACA